UAUACGUUUUUGAAACUGUAUAUGCUUUGAGCAAAAGUAUGCACAUGCAAAUACGGAGGGACAUUGUUUCCAUAGAAACUAAAUAUGUCAGAAUUUAUACACAAUAACAACACUGUAUACAUGUAUAAUAAUUCAAAACUAUUUUUUAUAACUUAUAACAGAUGAUUUUGAUGUGAAGCAUAACCCUACAGGAUUUGAGAAAAAUGGUUUUCAGUGUUCUAUGGUGGACGUUUGAAAUAAAUUGAUUUAAAGAAUGUCGGUAUGAUAAAAUAGCUACCAUUUCUACAGAAUUUUUAUUUAUAUUAUUAUUCAUAUGGCAACAUGGUUGAAUUGUUUGAUAUAAAGGCCAGAAAAACAUUUUUAAGAAGAACAAAGUGCGAAGGGAUACAAGCGAAGGAUUUUUAUGUAGGAGCUACUGUAACAAUAUUUUCACCAAAUAACAUAACAGAUUAUGCAGAUUGCGUUACAUGGACAAAAUUGCAAACUAAAAUACAAGAUGCAACGAUUUCAUGUGAAUCCAUUUGAUGCAGAGGACUUUUUAGAAGUUUAUAACGGCGUCCUUCCUGAUUAUGAGGCUAUAGAAGAAUUACAAUCAGGAUCAUGCAUUGUUAUGGAAAUAAAGCAUCAAGAUGAGAAGUUUGGAACUUCUUUUACAAUAAGGAAUGUGAAGCAACUGCCUUUGUUUUUCAGUUAAUCCUGAAGGGAAAAAUAAUCUUACAGCUGUAUAUUAUGUAUUUAUCAUUCAGCUAUGCCUGGUCAUGAUAAAAGUUUGUUGACUUGCUUGGACUGUGAAAAAAAGCGAUCACAAAUUUACGAGUAUUUCUUCAUCACGAGUAUUAUUGCUUAUGUGCAUAAUUUUCACGCCUUCGAUCGAAGUAAUUAUGUACUAUGGCCAGAUAAGAUUGUAGACUUCUCAAUUAAGAGCGCUACAAAUAAAACGAUACAAUUAAUUCAAUGAAAGCUUGAACUUGAGGCAUGAUAGUGAAAUCAUUAGUUAAUUUAUGCAGUGAAAUUAUCUGUCCUGCAUUCGUACACGAUGUUCUCGAUUCUCUAUCAAGUAACAUUAUAAACCAAUAUUAUUUUAGGUAUUUGUUUACACGUUACUAUAUUUUAUCAAGGACAAUUCACCAAUAGAAGGACGAAUGGAAUGUGAAUAAAAGAUAGAUGAAAGUUCAAUAAUUUAUUAAUAUAAUGAAAGGUUAUAUUAGACUCUACUGCCUAUCUGAUGUCAAAAUUUCUACACACUCACUGCUUCAGAAGAUUCUAGGAAAAGGAGCUUAAUUCUUAUUUUCGAUUUCUCUAUACAUUUAAAUUAGCAGAUAAGAUAUUGCAGUUCAUUGUUCUUAGAGAAUAAACAGAUAUAUUUAUCUCGUUCAGGGCAUAAAGUAGUGUACAUUGAAUCUAAAUUUACACGAAUGACUGUUCGAAAUUACCGAUAACGCAAACGACAGGGAAACUUACAACCGAUUCUUUAAUUGAUUUUCGUCCCUCGUAACGACUCGUCGAGUUUUAUUGAUGUAAACGAAGGGAUCAACAUAAAUGAAGGUCUUGGUAAAUCUACAUAAAACGUAAAAAAGAAACCCGUAAAUCCAUGCUGUUGAUCCUGCGUAAUCGAUUGCCAUUAAUGGGAAAGCAUCUAUUUUGAAUCCGUUAUACGUUAAUGCUUAUCCUGUCUUAAUAACGGCAUAAUGAUGUGUGUCAAGAAUUCACGACACCUGUCGCGAUCAAAGGUUGUAGAAAAUAUACUCGAUAGGUUUUCUUCGAACGAUUCAGAUAAGGAAUUUUUCAAUUUAUUGACGAAUACAUAAAGUUCAGUUCGCUCUAAUUCGAUAAAGAUAAGUAGGAUUUUCUUGUUUUAUACUUUGAAGGUGGAUCGGUGAAGUAACGGUAACUUCAUUUUUUGCAUUUUAAACUAUUUGUUUAAAUAUUGUGGCUAACAACGCUAUGUAUCGCGGGGAUAACGAGGUCACUGCUAUAACGCGUAUAGCGAUACAACGUCUAUACAAUGCGCGGCGAUACAAAGCAUGGCGAUAUAACACGUGGCAAUAUAAUGUAUAAGAUAGAUUUUGAACUAAAAUUCUUAAUAAAGUUCCUGGUUAAGAAUCGUGUAAAGCGUAAAUUUCUCGAUGCAAAUUUUUCAAUGUAUUUUCUUUCUGCAAUUUAGAAAAAGAGAUCACGAGGUGAUCGAAUGUUCUGAACUGACAAUGAGAGAAAUUGUUCCAAAUUUUGGCCCCUCGACGCAGCUUAGAAAGCGUCCUAGAUUUUAUAUCGAGAAUUGCAAAAGUAAUCAUGUAUUGACCCUGUUUUUUGGAGAUCUAUGCAUGAAACACUGCACGAAUAGUUUUCAAAAAUCUCCUCGCUGAUUUACACUUGAUACCAUAUAAGUACAAAUUGUUAAUGUCUUUUUUUAACGAACAAAGUUAUCGAGCUUCGCUCGAAAAUUUCUUUCCUACUUUCUUUUCACGAAUCGAUCGGUAAGUCGAAGACGAGUUCGCAAAAGCGUAUUUUGAAACAUGCAGUCGGGAGUCCCGUUAUAUGGCUGUUGAUAGAACUGUCGGAACGAAAAUGCGAAGAGAAUCGUAUAAACGCAAUUGUAGAAUUUACAAACUUCGAAGUUUUUCAUUUAGUAAUUUGAAAGAUUGCAGAUUCAUAAUUUCAAAA